AUGGAGCAGCCAACUGAAUCUAAAAUGGAAACCUAUCUCCAAACCAGAUUGGAUAUUCACGAUGUGAAAAUUGAAGCUCUAGCUAAACAGAUGAAUAGUCUCGCUCAAUCUAUUCACGCCAUGGAGGAUCUCAUCAACGAGCUUCCUAAAUUUAUUGAGAAGAGGAUUCUCGAAUUUCAGAAGCCAGGAGGGAAACCAUACUUACCUAACCCCGAAGUAGAAACACCGCUUUUCAAAGGACCCAACAAUAUCACUGGCGUUUUCAACGAAGCACCUAUCUCCACUGCCGACCCUAGAGAUUGGAUCAAUAGGGUCGAACUCUUCCAGGAAGGAAACAUGGAGGAUUACAUUGAGAAAUUCAAAGCUUUAUCGGCCCUAAUUCCAAAUCAAUCCGAGGAACAAGCGCUUGAUAUGUUUUUACAUGGCCUUCAGCCAGACAUCAAUCGCUGGCUGCAUUUCCUUUGUCCGGAGACAUGCGACAGAGCUAUGGAGACACUCAAAACAAUAAAUCCCAUUCAUCAAGUUCCAGCUAUAGUUGAUGGACGCUUCAAGCUGUUUAAGAGCUAUUUUUUGAAGCAGCAAUGGUACUAUGAAGGAGCACCGGUACCUGAGGUUCAAUCGCCAGGUAGACUUGGGCCAGAACUACCAGGUGGAUGUAGGUGGGAGUAUAUUCCUUCAGCAGAUUCUGGACAAAGCGGCAUCAUCAACAAAGGAUGGGGUGGUCUUGGUAUCUGUAAUAACAGAGCCAAAGGAUUUGUAUACUCGUUGGACAACAUCCCUCAUGACUGGCUUUUCUUGCAAUGUGCAUCUGUGGUACACCACGGGGGUGCUGGAACUACAGCUGCUGGACUAAAAGCUGCGGUGCAACGGUUAUCCGAGAUGUUGAAAACCAAUCUGGACAGAGGAGUACAAAGACAUGAAGAUGAAUUUAGAAACAGGGGAAAUGCCUUUGGAUCUAACACUUAUCCUGUGAAAAAAGGAAGAAGCUUCUUUGUAUGCUAUAUCUCUACAACAACUAUUUCUUCUUCGCUUUUAUUUACAACUGCAGCUAACCACGGGUAUUUUAAUGAGUAA